AUGGCCGUCACUCAAGUUGACAUGAGAUGCGCUGUUGUUGCCCCUACUUUGACCAUUCCACCGCUGCCGACAGAGACAAGCAGGCAGACUACAUAUCGUUGCCCAUUUUUCAUCGAAAUACACUUAAAGGCCCCAAGCACAGCCCGCCUCCCGACGACCGGUGUACCACCUUCGCCCGACUUGUGCAUGUACGUUCUUCCGUUAGCCCAUGUCGGACGCCACUCAACGCCCAACGAGCCAAGAGAGCCAAUUUUCGGCCCUUUUGACGAUGAAGUGUACACUGUACAGGGCGGGAAGCAAAAGGUCAAGACUCGUGUGUCAUUUUCAUCUUGCCCUCCUUCCCUAAUGACUACUCGAGAGCUCAGGUUCAUCAUCACUGCACUGUUGGGGGCAACGGGGCAAGAUGGGUACCAUGGUCGUCAGUUUUGGUCUCACAACUCGACACUCCUUAGUGGAGGUCCCUAUUGUUUGGCCAAACCGCCCCCCUCAUCGUCGUACCGGGACCCUCAUCAGAGCAGAUCCUCAAGGGGACAAAUCACUGGGCCCGUAACCUGCUCAACUUGGAGAGCAGCUCAACUCUCGAAAGUCGGGCCCAGACACAAAAGCCAUAAUUUAAACGCCAGGCCAGUCAUGCCCUCAUGUACAAAUCCUGUCUUGCUCUUCCUCAUGCUUCCAUCUGGCCGGCUCGAAUCUCUCGCCUGUCUCUGUUUCAGCUUGUCCGAGUUACAGGGUUCCAGUUCACAUGUCGGCCGAAUGUGGUGCACUGAGCGCAUCAACCAAGCCGACAGCACCCUCCAUUUGGUGGGGGAUUUGUCCGGCUCGCUGCCCAUUGGCCGGCACUGGCCACAACGUGGCACUCUGGCUCGACUGCGAAUGCGACCACAGAGCGCAAGAACCGAAGGAGUGUCUGCUUCUGGGGCAUCUGCAACAAUGACACUCUGCAACCAUAGUAGCCUCCCCUCGGCAGAUUGCAUCUCGGGCGUAGUUAAGUCUAGUUGCCGAGAGGCACCACUUGGCGUUGGCCGAAUCCGAGGCAUCGGUGAGAAGGCGCAAUUGGGCACACUGACAAAAGGUAAUCCUUCACAUUGUUUAUUGCAUCAAGUUCGGACAAUGGUACAGAAUACGAAGAUUAGCUGGGUUUCGAUGCACCUCCUGAAUAACGUUGUUGUAAAGAAUUUCGUUUCGUACAAUGACAAAGAGAUCUAA